AUGAUAGUCGUGCCCUUCUUUCCAGAUGGAGUACCAUUUGGCACACCGACAGCUGGUCUAGUUUGGCUGUUCAUAUAUCCAAAGGGAUUCCAAAGGUUGCUUCACCAUAUCAAGAUCAACUACAAUAACCCACCAGUGUAUAUCACAGAGAAUGGAAUGGGGGAUCAAAGUUCAUUGUCGCUGGAAAUGGCGCUGAAUGACACUCUUGAGAAUACAUUACCAUGA